GCGGCGUCUUGAGUCGCCAGCAAGAUGCAGACGAGGAUGCUUGGCGGAAAUUCCGCGUCCAAGCCGUGGAGGAUGAGCCCUCAUCGUCCACGCCUGCACGACCUUGUGUGUUUCUGGAUCGCGCCUCCUUGUGGGGCGUCGCGUCACGCUUCGGGCGCUCGGACUCCUGCUCCGACGCCUCCUUUUCUGAGCUGGGAUUGGAGGAGGUCGUUGAGAGCUUCGUGGAGCCGUUCACGCCCACGGAGCCCAUCCUAACGCACGAGGCCCAUGAGGCCCCCUACGAUCACCUGAGCCCCAGCGAGGAAGAUCCUGUGAGCAUCCAGGAGGUUGGGGAGCUUGAUUCCAGCAAUCUGCUGAUAGAAGAGCAGGAUGAGUCCAAAGAGGGCCCGGUAUCGAGGUUAGACCCGCCUGCUACUUGUGAUAUCGGCUGCGUUGAGCAGCCAUUCUACACCUCUCCCGCGCCUGAAACAGAGGGAGGCUUGGCAUCCGCCGUGGACCUGUUGGUAUACCAUCCUCGGCAGUCAGUCUUUCAGACGCUGGAAACUGUCGACAGCGAUCUGCACGGACACUGCCCGGUUCCGGAAUCCGACAUUCCAUUGCCAGCAUUUCGGAGUCGGAGCACCGCCUGGUCCUUUGGCGACUUCGAGCAACUGAGCAACGUAGGCGCUGCUUUCGUUCUUCAGAAUAGGCUGAGAGACGAAUUGUCAGCUCCGCCCUGCAUGUUCGGCAGAUCCCACGUCAACAUCCUGGCUACCCCGGCUUUCUUACAUCGGGGUGCUUGCAGGAGCCUUCAUCACCUUUCACGAGCAGUACCGUUAAUGAACUUUCGCCAGUUGGCUUUGCCGGCUCACGAGCCGGAUCCCCCUUCGCCAAAGUUUAUGGCCCUCAUCGGUCGGUGCGGCGGUGCCAAAACGGCACAGCUGGGCUCUUCAACUGAUCGGCUGGAGGCGACCGCAGGGCCCAGGCGGAUCAGUGCUUCCAGUGCUCGCAGCUCGUCCUUCCAGGAGACGGCCAGCGUUGAAUCCAUGAGCCUGAGUCCCCCACGCCAGCCGCUCACAGCAGAAGAGCUGCAAGCCGCGCGCAUGGGCUUCUUUUUCGAGAAGGAGCCCAGAGUCGUCGAAGACGACUUGGAGGCCCCCCGGCCGGUGUACGAAGACCUCAGGCCCCCGGACACCUCCGAGUCACCACCGCCCCGGCGCUGCUUCGCCUGCUGCAAACCCUGGACCUGGAGGCCCGCGCGCCGGAGCAGGAGCCCCACCGGCACAAGGACUGGUGCACGAGAAGAGGUUUCUGGCAGCGAACACGGCGAGCGGGAAAGCGGCCCUUAA